GCUAAGAAAGUACGGUAAGACUUUGACUGAGUUUGAAUUAGUAUUAAUGGGAUUGUGCCGUAAAAAGAAACAUCAGAACAAACCAAAAGAGUAAGUGAAGCAAGGAAGAGUGUAUUCGCCGAGUGGAAGGUAAUCUAGCGCAUUGCUGCUAUGUCGGACGUACUGCAAGGGCUGUGUUGGUGUAAACAGCGGCUACUGAAAACGAAGGUAUUCGAAAACUAACACCUUCUGGCGACAACGACGAACAACACCCUAAAAAAUAGGGAGAAUAAUCAUUUCGGUCGCGUUUUGUAACCGGCAACUUACCAUUUUGAACAGCUUUCUCCCCCAAAAUCUGCCAAAGGAAAUCAAUGACGACAAAAAAAACAGAACAGCAGGAACAGUUGAAGGAUUUACCGUCGUUCGUCAAACCAUCUGGGGCCGGACACGUAUCGAAUCUGACCUUCGAGUCUUCCAUCAUGCUCGGUAGCAGUACCGGAAACAUUCUCCAUUCCUUCAAGCAAGAUGGAAGUAGCAUCAGCGUCAGUGUUGACACCGACAGCCUGACAUAUGGUGCCCAGGGCGAGCUUCCGAGCUUGCCUAUCCCCAACUUGGAAGAAACCAUGAACAAAUUGUUGCUGCAUCUAGAAGCAUUGCAAGACGAUUCAGGAGAGUACCGCGACACCAAAGAAGUGAUCAAGGAGUUUUUGUCGCAGCAGGGACCGGAGCUUCAGAAACUUCUCCUGGAAUACGACCGAACGGGCAGAGCCACGGGGGCGAUUGGCUCGUACGUGGAAGAAUUCUGGAGCGAGGCCUACCUUGCGCCAGAUGCCAGCGUGGUGCUAAAUCUGAAUCCCUACUUUUUGCUGGAAGAAUCUCCCGAUCCAAAACUGGCUGGCAACCAGAUCCAGCGAGCUGCCAAUCUCUGCUUCGCCUCGGUCAAGAUGGCCAGCCAGCUUCGACACGAAAACCUGAAACCCGACACCUUCAAGGGCAGAGCCCUGUGCAUGGGUAAGUGGUAUGCAUUAAAUGCCGUAUUAUGCAUUGUUUUAUUGCUCAACUUUGUUUUUUAAAUGUUACCAUGUUGUUGCUACUGCUCGAACCACUUCAAUGGGUAGAUCAAUUCCGAGCACUUUUUGGUGCAUCGAGGGUGCCGAAAUCCCAUUCGAGUGACACAAUUGCAGUCUAUGAGAACUCCAAUCACGUAGCCGUUAUGUGUUGCAACCAGUUGUUCUACUUUCAGGCCCUUUGGCCUGACGGGGAUGUUGCCGUCGACGAGGGGGAUUUAGUGGAUAUAUUGGAUGCCAUAUGGGUUCACGCGCACCGAAUGGAGACCGAUAGCGACAAAAAAGAGGUCCAAUACGUCGGCAACAGGCGCAAAAGUUCAGAAAUCAACAAAAAGAAAGGCCAUGACGCUGACUUGGAGGAAAUGAAAGAAGGUGAGCAGCAUUAUUUGAAUAGCGUAUCGGCAUUUGGUGUCUUGACAAGCCUUUGUAGAAAGCAAUGGGCUCAGGCACGGGAGGAAAUGAUCAAGGAUUCUCCCACCAAAAACGCGAACAGCUUUAAGAUUGUCGAUUCGGCCCUCUUUGUGUUGGUCUUGGACGAUUGCGCUCCMAAAGAUAAGCACGAAGCCGCAUCAAAUAUGCUUCACGGGUCCUACGAGCUGUCGGAAUGGCGGACCGAGAAUGACGCUUACACCACUGAAUACCAAGUCGGGUCCUGUACCAAUCGGUGGUACGACAAACUACAAGUAAGUACCCGAACCAAACCGCACCAUUAACGUCAAAAUAUCGGAAGUCGUUGCUAACAGACGAUUCGAAUGAAUCUAUUGUUUAACUUUUUGCAAAAGAUUAUAGUCACCGCUGAUGGGGGUGCUGGAAUCAAUUUCGAACAUUCGGCCAUCGACGGCCAUACUGCCCUGAGAUUCGUUUCAGACAUUUAUGCUGAUACCGUCACUUCCUUCGCACAAUCCAUCACCAAACUGGUGCAUGCUCAUAAGGGAUUAAUACCCGACAUUAUUACAGCAAAUGUCAGAAGGGCAGCGGUCACACUAGACAACCGUGGACGACCAAAGCUAGAUGGUAGGUGUUUUGCUUCGACUUUCUCUAAUUCGAUUUGACGUGACCCCAUGAUGCGGUGUUUUGCUAUUUUUGUCGACCUGUUAGUAUUCAAUAAGAUGUUGAUCAUUUUCUAACACCUCUUGCAGUUUUCCCAAAGAAAAUCAGCUUCCAUUUGUCGGACUCGAUAAAGAGAAAGAUCUAUUUCGCGGAAACUGCCCUCGGUGAUCAGAUUUUGGCCAGUGAUACACAUAUUUUGGAAUUCUCGGAUUAUGGAAAACUUUUCAUUACCUUUAACAAACUUUCUCCAGAUUCGUAUGUGCAAAUGAGCAUGAUGCUGGCAUAUUAUAGACUGUAUGGGAAAAUUGUGUGUGCCUACGAACCAGUUUUGACCAAAGGAUUUUACCACGGCAGAACGGAGGCCAUGAGACCGGCAACGAUGGAAGCCAAGCAGCUUUGCGAGGUGUUCUGUAGUUCUUCCAGUACAUCUGAGGAAAAGCUAAUUGCGUUACGCCAAGCAACGCAAGUGCAUUCAAAGUUAGUCAAGGAAUGCGCACAAGGAAAGGGGGUAGAUCGCCAUUUGUUUGCUCUGAAGUGCAUUGCCAACAAGCACGAGCUGCCCGUUCCAGAAUUUUUCCGUUCCGAGGCCUGGAGAAAGCUCAACCACACUAUAUUGUCGACGAGUAAUUGUGGCAAUCCCAGCUUGGCGCAAUUUGGCUUCGGUCCGGUGGUACCCGAUGGUUACGGAAUCGGAUACAUAAUCAAGGAUUCUCAUCUACAUUAUGCCAUUUGCAGCAAGCAUCGGCAAACGACUCGAUACGCGUUGACGCUAGAGGGUGUCUUGCGAGAAAUGGCCAGCCUCCUGAAACCAAUCUCGCAGACUAAAGUCCAUGAUUCUAGCUUGCUUCGAGGGCGAUCUUUGAAAGAUUUGACAUCGCAGAAUGCAUCGUGCGAUUCAUAUUCAGAUAUCUKGGGGGAGUCUUCCUUUCGUUCAUUGGUUGGUGAGGCAAAGCCAAAGGUGAUCCAUGAAGGCGGCGAGAAUCGAUGGUCCGCCGAUGUUCCUGGAUCAAAACUGGACGGAUCGGAAAUCACGUUCGACAUCGAGCCGGACAAUCACUCAUCCAGCAGUGCUGUAGCUGCGGUGGAAGGUAAUACCAAGGAUAAUGAACUGAUUGAGACGCCUCCACUUACCACCUCUACCAGCGACAACACACCGAUCCGACCCGACCGUCGACGAAGUAGCUCAAUUGUUGGGAAUGGCCAAGUGGCCGCAGCGAUUCAACUCGACGAUCUGAGCAUGAUGAGCAAUUCUGUCGAUCUAGAAAAUGCCAAGUAAACUUGAAAGCUUCAUGAUAGUAAACCAAUGAGCUACUCAUAGUUGUAAUAACUUUUCUUUGCCAUC